UUUUAGAACCAGAGAAACACGUCUUACCUCGAAAGUGAAGUGGGAGUAAUUAGAACCAACUCCAAAAAGGCAGACCGCAGACACGAAAAGCACUAGAAGUCUACAACUGGAAGCCUCAAGAAGGAAUUUGAUGAAUCACAACUCACUGGAAAAACAACAAGUGUUAGAUUGAUAGAUUACUUCUAAUAAUGUAGACUUCAACAAACAGAGACUAACUAAAUGCCCAACUAAAUGCCCAGAACUCACCAGAGCCGACAGAAACAGGGAGGCUAGGUAUGGAGGUGGCAGGUGGCCGGUCAUCGAUGGUGGUGACAGAGAGCACAACUGGCCAAAUGGAGGACGAUAGUGAUGGCGGAGGGGAUAGCGCAAGUGAAAGAGGUGAUGGGUUCCAAGGCUCUGCUCUCUUCUCGAUCCGAAGAGACAAACGGAGGCAGUGGGUUCCAAGGCUCGAGCUGGAUCUUGUAGGAAGGGAUCAGAUCUCUGGUGAGUCGCGAUCUCUCACGAAUCAACUGCAUCUCGAAUCGGAGCUCGGAGGGGUUUCGAAUAAAGCUGCGUUUCAAAUCAAGCUGCGGUUCGAAUCAACUGCGUCUCGAAUCAGAGCUCGGAGUGGGUUUCGAAAACGAUGGCGGAGCGAGUGCGAUCUAGUGGGUCGGAGCUCGGAGGGGAUAACGAUGGCGGGGAUGGCCGUGGCGCCGACGGCGGUGGCCGGUGCUCGGUGGGUAGUAGACUACAGAGACAGCUCGGAAAGAAAGAAGUCUCUCGACUGAGAUGGAAGUGAAAGAGAGAAAGUCUGAAAGAGAAUCUCGAUUUUUUUUUGUUUUUUGUUUUUUCAUUUUUAAUUAUUUGGAUUUGGAUUGUUUUAUCCAAAUCCAUGGGUAAACCCAAAGUAGAUCCAAUAUAAUGGGUAUGGGUUUUGACCCAUCUGACUUCACCCAUUUGAAUUUAACUUGCACUCCAAACCCAACCCAACAAGGUUGGAUAAUUAAAAGCCCAUGGGUAU